GGUCACGCAGCUGUGGUUCAACACUUUUAGCUGCUGGUUAGAAGCAAACCACAUCAGAGGCGGCGCGGAGGGAGAAAAAAACUCAAGAGAGACUUAAACCUGUUGGAGUCACACCUGAGGAAAAAUAUCAACAACCUGAGGAGGACAAGAAGGAAAGUUUUAGGUAGAAACUCCACAGUUGGAGUGACUGGACUUUUUAUUUGUUGGAGGGGGAAAAAAAGAAACCAUUGAGAUUUUCAGUAACGUCUCUGUCACCCUCACCUGCCAAGUGUUUCUGUCAGUUUGCCUUUGGAAAUCCAUCUCUGGGAUACAUCCAAGAGUCGUCGGCCCAUUUCUCAUCAUCUCAGACUUUCUUUCUUAUCUAAGCUGCCAGACCAGGAAAAAAAAAGAAAAAAAAGGAGUCGAACAGAAAAUCAAACUGAAACCGAAUUCCCCGCUUGUGCAACAGCACCUGCUGCUCCCUUCCUACAUCGGAACAAAGCAGCUGGCAAAAAAAAAGAAAAGAAGAGAGAGCAAAACAGAGUGGAAGCUGGUUUUAAACCUCUGUUGAGCCCAGCACACCAGCCAGUAACUUCUACCAGCUAUAUCAAUUAACAUUUUGAGCGGGUUAGUGAGCACCUCGGAGGAUCGGGGGUGGACCGACAUUUCUGUCUCCCUUGGACUUUCUGUUUGAGCAAUGAUGGCUUGGCUCCAGCUGUGGACUACAAGGCUUAUGACCACUGUGGCCCUGUCCUUCUUUCUCGUCAUUGCUCAAGACUCUGGACUUCCUGAGAUGGAAGCAGGAAAGCAAGGCUCAGCUGAGAUUGUGAAGAAAGACUCCCAUCUGGUUCUCUCCAGGCAUAAGAGAGAAUGGAUAUGGAACUCUCUCUAUGUGGAAGAGGAGAAUAAUAUAUCCGAGCCCUCAAAGAUUGGACAGCUGAAGUCGAGCCAGAAAUUGGAAGUGAAGAGAUUUUCAAUUGAGGGUGAAGGAGCAAACGACAUCUUCCUGGUAGAGAACACAGGAGACCUGUUUGUCACCAGAAAGCUCGACAGAGAACAGAAGAGCACGUACAAAUUGACCGCUAAGAUGUACGAUGGGAACAACAAGCUGAUAGAGGAUGCUGGACAUUUUGAAGUCCAGGUGACAGAUAUCAAUGACAACAGCCCAGAAUUUCCUUCGAAGUCGUACAAUGAAUCCAUCGCAGAGAGGUGCACACCUGGAACUAAAAUAGUUCAAAUGAGGGCAACCGAUGCUGAUGACCCCACCACUGCUAAUGCAGAUCUGAGGUACACUUUGACUGGACAUGGAGAGGCGUCUGCCUUUAAAAUUGACAGCAUCACAGGUAUAAUCAGCUGCAAGACAAAUACCCUGGACCGAGAGACCAAGAGUCAGUAUGUUGUGGUGGUUCAAGCGCAGGAUAUGAGAGGAUUGCAUACGGGCAGCACAGGCACCACCUCUGUCACCAUCAACAUCGCUGACAUCAACGACAACAUGGCUUCUUUUACCACAGCUACAUACAACAUUAAGGUAAAGGAGGAUCACAAUUUGAACGAGAAGAUCAACAUUCUGGAGCUGAGGGACAAGGAUGAGAUUCAGAACAAACAACCCAUCUUCGCCAUUCUGGGUGACAGCAGUCAAACAUUUGAUGUUGGUCUCACCGAUCAAAAGGACGGCUACCUGAUGCUCAAAAAGCAUCUCGACUUUGAGACAAAGAACAGCUACAGUUUCACUGUCCAGGUGCGAGAAGACCUGAGGUUAAAUCCUGACAUGGACAAGGAUGCAAUCACCAAAGCCACGGUAAAUGUCAUAGUAGAAGAUGUAGACGAGCCGCCGGUGUUCCCCCACUCCAUCUACAACUUCACUGUGAUAGAAGAAGAGAAUGUGAGCAACAUAGGAAGUGUUGUAGCCAAAGAUCCUGACGCAGCCAAAAGCAAGAUAAGAUACUCCAUCUUAGACCAGCACUCUCCCAUCGGUAUCCACGAACAUUCAGGUCAGCUGUACACUCUGAGGAAGCUGGACAGAGAGCUGAAGGCCAAACACGUGUUUCAAGUUAAGGCGCAGGAGGAGCAAAGUGGUUUGGAGUCAUCAGUGUAUGUCAACAUCAACGUCAAAGAUAUCAAUGACAACCCGCCAGAACUGGUAGCGGAUGACAUCUAUGUAUGUGAGAGCGACAACGCUAAUACGGUGAUUGGAAUAUUGAAAGCCGCGGAUAAAGACGAGCAGCAGGCUUCCUUCACUUUCAGCAUGGCCAGUGAGAGCUCCAACUUCACCAUCCGAGACUACGGCAACAACUCAGCAGCCAUCCUGGUGACACAGGGCCCGUUCAGCAUGGAUGACCCCAAGGAUUACAGCGUGGAUGUGCGCAUCCGUGACGGAGGAAAACCCAUCCUGACCAGCAUCACCAAAUUGAGAAUCAGGAUGUGCUGGUGUGAUCCUGGUCGGAUUCAUACACACUGCAAACCUGAGACUCAGAAGAUGGGAGUCAGUGUCCAUGCUUUGAUAGCCAUCCUGCUUUGCAUACUGACCAUACUGGUCAUAGUGAUCCUGUUUGUGAUGAGGAAACGCUACCAGAAGGACUCUCUGGCCAGUAUGAAGAACAGCGGAGAGAUUCAUGAGCAGCUCGUCACAUACGAUGAGGAGGGAGGAGGAGAGAUGGACACUAACGGAUACGACGUCUCAAUCCUCACCUCCGCUUGCAACGACGGCUCCAUGCUCCGCCACCCUGAUCGCCACCCCCACCCCUCUCUCUACGCCAUGGUCCAGAAGCCCCCCCACCACGCUCAGCCCUCCGCGUGUAAGGGCGACAUGGCGGCAAUGAUCGAGGAGAAGAAAGACGAAGCUGAUCACGACAGAGACGGCUUCCCGUACGACACCCUCCACAUCUACGGCUACGAGGGACCCGAGUCUUUAGCCGGAAGCCUGAGCUCUCUGGAAAGCUCCUCCACUGGUUCAAACUUGGAUUACGACUUUCUCAAUGACUGGGGGCCGAGGUUCAGGACCCUGGCUGAGCUGUACGGCGUAGACGGACCUGAAUAUUACCAUCAGUACUGAUAGUACGAGAAAAUGCCAAAAUGCACACACACGUGCAUCAGUGAUGAAAAGGAGCCAUAAUAAAUAACACACAUUGACCAAAAGCAUGCAGAACACCCCCUACCACCACCACCACACACACACAUACACACACACACACACAGACCAACAGUGUUCUCCGGAGACUUAUCAGGGGGCUGUUUUUUUCUAGUAACAACAACAACUAACUUCUGUUAUCAUGUGUAAUUCAGUGAGCCCAUUAGUGUGUUGUGCCUCCCGUUUGUUCACUCCCCAUCAGUCAGUCAGAGCUUCAUUUUCUUUUUCUUUUUUUUUUGAUGACGUGGUGCCCUUUGCUCAUUUUCAGUGACAUGCUGGAAAAGAUUUUUAAAGUAACACAAGGACAUGACGCCAUAGGAAAAAAGUGAUAACUAACUGCUUCGCACAUUUACUUGAGGACUGAUUGUAGGUGACAGUGUGAGAACCACACCAGGAGGAUGCUUUUUAUUCCGCUGCAGCGUUGUGAGUUUCACGCCAUAACCGUUGUUUUAUCGUACCUGCAAAGUGCAGCCUAUCAGUUUUGGUUUAUCUUUGAUAAUUGAUGGGGUAAUGCGGCCACUGGUGGCCAGCAGUGUUAUUAAUAUUCCUUAAUAUGUUAUUGAUGUCUUAGCUUUCAUAUGCAGCACCCAUUUGCAAUCAGUUUUUUUCUCCAGUAGUGACUAUGCUCAUAUAGAUAAAAUAUUGAACCUUUUAAAAUGUGUUCGCUAAAUGCAUUUGCAUUUGUGUUAUAUAGGAUUAAACCAAACUCAACUCAACGUAACAACAGUUGUUACUGUCUAGUCUAGUGUAGUUUCGUCCUGCUGGGGAUUCAAAAUGCUGCAUGUGAAAGCAAUUCAAUUUUUUCUUCACCUUUUCAGUUUUUUGUCUUACUUUGCUUUUCUGGCGUUGUUGGCCUGAAAUCUCUUGGAACUAUUGUUUUUUUCUAUUUUUUUCAUAGUUGACUAAAGUGCCACAAACAUGGCGAGAACAAGGUGGUUUACUUUUGAUCUGAAGUUUAGUGUUUGAUUUGUAAAUAUGAUCGCUCGAGGGGUUUAUUGUACUGGAAAACUUGCGCAUCCACAUGAGUUUAAGCUCAAAGGGAUUGGAGGUGUUUGAUCACAGCGAGAUGCCAGUUGUGUUUUUUUUUGUCUAAAAUACCAGAAAGGCCCGUCUUCAAGGAAAGUUCAACUCUGAAAAGUUUCCGUCCAUCUUAAUGUCUUGACAUGACAUCAGGUGGUCUUUCUCUUUUUGUUUGACUGUGUGAUAUGAAAGAAGAGUCGUUUUCUAAGCGAGCCACUUUGUUCAUUUUCCCAGUUAUCUUGUGCUCUGAAGAGAGAACAGACAAUAGACACGCAGACAGAAAGGAAACGACGCCACCGCUGUGCGGACAGGAUUACAGUGUGUUCCAAGGUUUUAUUUGACAGGACCCAUCAUCACGGUUAUUGUUGAGAUGAAAGCCCAAUUCUCAGAGGCCCACUAGAACAAAAGUAAUUCAGGCGACUCAGGAAGCGACGAGUUGCAAAAUCGUCUAGUUAGGCUGCCCACGAUGGCUCUGAGGUGGCUCGAAUAACUUUAACCUCUCAUCCUUUUUGGCUACUGUCAGACCUCUGACUAAAGGAAAGAAACCUUAAACCUUUGACAAUCUUAAGACAAUCCUUUUAAGAACGUAAGUUGAUGCAAACACAACUCGCCUGGAACUAAACUCAACAUCUUCUUUAACUGAACUGGCUAACAUCCUUCUACAAUCCUUCUAACAUGGCCAAAAAACUGAGCCUCACUGGCUGUGGGGUUUACCACUUCACACUCUCAGGCCAUUUGUUGUUAGGCUGUUGUUACAUUUCUUGAGCUUUCUACAUUUUUACCCAUGGCAUGUAAAUGUUCCUCUACUUGGGACCAACAAGACAUAACACACUCCUCGUAGCCACACUGAAGAUCAGACAUUUUUCCAGAGGCCUUGGAUUCUGUAGUCUGAAAAAACAUUUAUUUAUAAUGGCAUAAAACUGGGAAAUGUAGCAAACUUUUGGUUGAGUAUAUAUAUAUAUAUGUGUGUGUGUGUUAUUUUUUUUUGUUUGUUUUUUGGAGACUGACAAUUUAAUCAUUUGACUGAUAUUACAGCUCUAAUGGGUCAUUUGGAUUACCAGUGGUUAGCUUCCAUUUGAACUUUAACCUCUAUAAUUCGAUGUGUCCUCUCUAUGUGGCUCUUUAAGUAAUCAGGAACAACUGCUCCCAGUGGACCGUCUGACCCCUGGCCAUCUGGGAGAAGGCGGAAGAGCACCUGGCCAAGAACUAUUUAUCUCAGUAUGUGACUCAGUAGCAUUUCAACAAUAAAUGCAGACAGUAAAUCACUGCAGUUAAAAAGUCAUUCACAAAGAGGCACAUUCAAGCCACCAUGCGACUUCAGGACAGUUCCUUUAUUUUUUUUUAAACUAUAAGUUCAUUUCAGUUUCAACUAUUUAGUUUAUUUAUUCUGCUGUUUAUUCUGUUUUGUUUGGACGUGAACUUGCUUCCUUCAAACUAAAGCCUGCUUCGAAUGCCAUUUGAUAAACGCUGGAUACAAUAGCUGGAAGCCCUCUCAGCGCUUUCCUGGUGGCUCCAUAUGUACUUAGAGGGGCCAGUCCCUCCGCCUCGCUCUCAGUGUCGCUCUCCUUGUUUGCCUCACCGUAUCUCCACCGCGCUGUCCUUCUCUAAUCAGCAAAGCCAAACGGUGGACUGAGCUUCCUGUCCAUCUGUGGGGUUGUGCCCGCCCCUUCCUGUCUGCGUUAUCUCUCUCACGGGCCAACACAUUGUGCUCACUUCCUGUUAGCUCAGCCUGGGAAACAGCCUUGGAGAGGAAAAGGGGAACGAGGCAAGGAGAGACAUGGGAUGAGGUAGAGGGGUUAACAAGAAAGAAAGAUGAAGAGAACAAUGUAGAGCAGUGAUGAGUUUUCCAGCUGAGCAGAAACACUUCAGAACAAAGAUGUGUGUGAUGAAAGCCUGAGGCUCAGCGAGAGAUGUGAAAGUCUCCUGGCAAAGUUGAAAAAUUAGCAUUCAGAAAUCCAAAUAAAUUGCCCACAGUUGAAUCAACAAUCACCUCCUCACUCUUGUGCCCCCAAAUGGCAGCAAACCAAAUUCAUAUUAAAAAGUCAUAAGUGCUUUCAUCUACAGGUUCUGCACAUUCAAGUCACAAGUAAACUUUUAAUUGUCUGAUGAAGAACUUUUCAGGAUCCAAUCAAAAAGUUUUGAUUGGUUACAUGCACUAUGGGCACGUCUCCACUCACUGAACAAACACUGGCUUCUGCCAUCUUUGUUUGGGUCCAGGAACAACAACAAGCCUAGUGAACAGAGUUUGAGUUUUGCUUCACCUUGUAGGAAAUCCUUUUACGCCUGUUAUUUCAAGCCAUUUCGUCCCUCUAAAGGCAACAGUACUUAUUUUUUGGUAUCAUCACUAUUAUUGUAAUCCCGGGGCCAUGAAAUGUAUGUGUGAACAAAAAAAAACGCCAGCUGUAGCAGACGGAGGUGCUCCAUUAUCUACUCUGCUAACAGCAGUAAGUGUUGGGUGCACUUUGGAGCUGUAGAUGGACAUAAGUAAAUUUCGAAUACAAAAAGAGACAUUAAUAGACUACAUCAAUAAUGCAAUACCUUGAAGACACAAUUCAUGUGGUUAGACCAGGUUAUACGUUUUCAAAAAGUGUCAUGUGGGAUCUGAUUUUAUUUGACAUAUGCAACAUAAUGACUGAGUCUUGUUAGCUUCCCCUGACUGUUGCAGAGCAUCACUAAUUCCUGUAUUUUCAAACACUUUGGAACGAUUGCCUAAAAAGUGCCAUAAUUCAUUUUAUUUCGCUGGCUAUCAGGGUUGGUCACCUAUUUAAAAUAGUUCACCUUAGUUUCAGCCAGUGGAAAUAAAUCUUUCAUAGUGGCACGAAAUGUUCAAAUUUAAGUCAAGAAAACAAACAAAAACAACCCAAUAUAUAUAUAUAUUAUUAUUAGUAUGCUGGUUUAAAACAGUGGUUCCUUCUACACAAUUUUGAGUGCAUAGAAAAAAAAAAUGUGCCUAUAGGUGACUUUUCUCUGGCCUCACAUUGUUUAUUUUUGAACUAGAUUACUGUAUUUAAAGGAUUUUAAACUUGACACGUUUCAUUGCUGUAAAAAGAAAAGAAAAAAACAAGGUUCAUUUAAAACAAAAGAAAAUAUUGUUCCGAUGCAUGAAUGGUUGCCCGAGUGAACAUGUGAUUUUCUUCUUGUGCGUCCACUUGUGUGUGUUUGCGUGCUUGUGAUUGUGACUGUACCCGUGUACAUACACAGUAAUGAGUGUCAAACAAACAACAAAUAGCAGCCACAUACGACUUUUUUUCUCUCCUGUAAAUACAUUAGGGAUCUACAAGGGAGCAACAUGUGCCUUUAUUCUUCAAAGAAAAAAAAAAAGAAAAAAAAAGAACUGUAAUUCAUUUUUUGACAGUGAACACAAUUUUCUAUAUUGUUUUUAAUGUGUAUAGCAACUACUUUUUAUUACCUGACAUUUUUGUAAGUGUAGAAUAAAAAAUAAAUAAACACUUAAGAUUU